AUUGUAGUGUAGUGCUGGGCGCGCCUUUCACAUGAUGAAAAUUUGCUGCGCGUAAGCCAUGCACUUGCACUGCACUGCACAAGCCACGCAUUUCCCGAUUAGCAUACUCCGUGUCUUAACCCCUCAUUUUACAUCUGGUCACUCUCUUCCUUUAACACCACACCUCCUAAAUAAAUUCUCACACACUCUCUCUCUCCCUCCCCUAAAUACCCCAUUGCUGAGAUACAUACUGAAAGCAACUCAUCUCCCAAAUUUCUUCUCCUCUCUGCACUACAGUAUAAUUAGAAGAAGAAAGAUGAAAACCCAAGUUGAAGAAAAGUUCUCUGACUUCUAUGCGAAAUGGAUGGACCAACUUGAACAUCUUCUUCAGCUUCUUCUAGUGGUUUCAAGAGAUGGGCAUUCUCAGGAAGCAGGCUACCAGUCCAUGGUUAACAAACUUACGGCUCACCACAAGGAAUACUACACAUUCAAAUGGGCUUCGGCCCAUGAAGACGUUUUGGCCUUCUUUGCUCCGGUUUGGAUGAGUCCUCUUGAGAACGCCUAUCUUUGGGUCACUGGCUGGAAGCCGUCGACGGUUUUCCGGCUUGUUGAGUCCCUGAGAGGGGUUCAGCCGGAAGGUGGUAUGAAGCUCUCUGGCCUGACUGAGGAGCAGGUAAAGAAGAUUGAGGCUUUGAGAGUGAAGAUUAAGGUCGAGGAGGAGAGGGUGGAGAGGGAGAUGGAGAGACAGCAGGUGGGCAUGGCGGACAGGAAAAUGGUGGAGCUGGCGACGCUGGAGAGGCAAGCCAAGAAGAAUGGAGGCGCCGCCACAGUUGCUCAGGUGGACGGCCUGGUGGAGGUGGCGCUGAAAGGGUUGUUGGCUGGGUUGGAGAAAGUGAUGAAAAUGGCAGAUUGUGUUAGGCUGAAGACACUGAAAGGGAUGUUGGAUAUUUUGAAUCCUAUGCAGUGCGUGGAUUUCUUGGCUGCUGCUUCAAUGCUUCAAAUUCAGAUAAGGAAAUGGGGCAAAAAGAGAGAAGAAAAGAGCGUUUUAAUCACAGUGAAAACCAUGUGACACAAGUUUUUUAAUUAGAUUUAGCUAUUUUUGGGUUUUUUUUUUCUCCCUUCUUUUCAUGAGUUAAUUAGAUUUAGUUAUUUUAAUGAGAGAGCUGGUAGGUAUAUAUAUAAAUGUAUUGAUCGUUUCCUGUGUAUAUGUAAAACAGGUUGUGCAUAUGCUGCUUGCUUGUGCAAUUUUCGCGAGCUUCCAAUA